AUGAAGCACAAAUUAUUUGUAUAAUUUUGUGUUUUUCAAAGAGCGGACGCGAUGGCGCUAGGGUCACACCACGUGUUAGGCUUUUCGCCCGAUGCCAAAUUAUUUGCAUUUAUCAAUGAUCAAGGAAUUCUUCGUAUAUGGGACACAGAUACAAACGAACUAAAGCAGGAGUAUACACCAAAUCUGCAACUGUCUGGACCAUGCACUGCAUUCACGUGGUUCAUUGCUGGUUCUGUAUCCGGGGAACCAACCGAAAAAAAGUUUAAGAAAGCUCGGAAGUUGCAUGCCGGUUCUACUAAAGAUGAAGGAGCAAUUUACCUUGCAUUAGGUACUAGUAACGGAAAUAUUUCCCUCUAUUCCUACGCUUUGGGCAAGAUUGAAAGAACUUUAAAAGGCGAAGGGCAUAGUGGAAAAGUAACUUGUCUAACUCAAGAUGAUGAAGGUCACCUAUAUAGUAGUGGCGAAGAUUGCCAGAUAAUAGUUUGGUCAGUCGCUGAUGAAAAGCAGCUAUCAUCGUGGUCAGUGGGGACAGAAAAACCAUAUAGCAUUGUAUAUUCGAAAAUAUCAAAAAAUUUGGUGGUUGGAGGACGUCAAAUUAAAAUUUUCUCAACAGCUUCGCAAGAACUGAUGCAAACAUUUACAGGACAUACGUCUGAUAUAAAUUUGAUGAGUUUUUUGGAAUUAGAUGAGAGUAUCGAAUAUGUUCUCAGUACAUCACGGAUGGAACGUAUAAUAUGUCUAUGGAAGAUUGGCAAAAAAGGUCGAAAUAAAAGUGCAACGUGCACAUUGCUUAUGGAAGACGUCGCACACUGCCUCACUUCUCAUGUGGAUAAUGACCGUAAUUUGAGAGUAGCGAGUGUAACUCGCAGUGGUGUAAUACAUGUGUACCUAAUUGCUGUAGAAAACAUAAAAGCAGAAAAACCUAUAAAACCAAAACUAACUAUAGAAAUCGCAUCGGACAGUGCCACCGUAAUUGCUCCUAUACCAGCCAUUUCAGUGUCCUUACGGCAUAGCGCCCAUCCCCAAGAACUUAUUUUUGGAUAUGGAAACUCAAGCUUUUUAGUUUUUGAACGUUUAAAACCGAAUUUCGCUGAAAAGCUGCAAGUCCUAAUACGUGCCGAUCCAAAAUUACUAUACUUAACACAAGGAAAAUUAUCCAGAAAAGAUGGCAAAUCUGGGGGGGCACUAAAGACACUCACUCCAAUUGUCAACGAAGCCAAAGUAGACUACAAGUCUACUGUAACAGUUUCAAAGAAAAAGUUGAAGGCAGUAGAAAUGCCUAUGGAGUCACGAUUACAAAAUUUGAACUUAAAUGCACUUCCCGGUGGAGUAGCGCCCCAAGCACAGAGCAAAGUACAGCUAUUGGUGCAGGCUCUGCACAGCAAAGACAAUACUCUUUUACGCUCCGUGUUGCACACUCAUGACACUAAAACAAUACAGUUAACCCUUCAUAAACUACCGGUGCCAUACGUGGGCCCAUUAGUCAAUGAGUUGACGCAGUUCAUGCAGCAAAAACGUAUGAAUGUCGAAUAUGCAGUUGAUUGGCUUAAAAUUUUAGUACAAACACACUCUAGCCAACUAAUGGCUUUGGGAUCUGAAGAUCUGCUAAACAAAUUCGGUCCAUGUAUCGGAAUAAUAGAGCAUCGUGUGAACUGCCUUAAAGAAUUGUCAAAAGUUGCUGGGCGACUGGAUUUGUUGAUUAAUCAAAUAAAACGCAACACUGACGAAGACAACUUAAACAGUGCAAAUGUUUUAGUGUACGAAGAUAAUGAUUCAUCUGACCCCGAACUGGAAGAUGAGGGGGAAAAGAGCUCACCUGACGAUGAAUGGGACGAAGAUAUUGAAGACACUGUCGAAAAUAUGGAACAAGAUAGUGAAGAUAACGAUGAAAGUGAGAAUGAAAAUGAUGAUGACAGUGAUGCUGACGAGGGAGAAGAAAUGGAUACAUAAAACUUAUAUCCAUUCACAUUUCUUUGCAAUUUAGCAGAUGUUAACUGAUAAGUAAAAACAAAAAAACAUGUUACCACAAUCCAAUGUUAUAGUUCUUUAUAUAUAUAAAUAUAUAUAUGUGGAAAUAUCAUAUUUAA